AUGGAAGCUAACAAAGACACCCAAGAGGCGAGCCCAAGCGCGAAACCAGUCGAAAGCAACGCCAAAUGCCAGAAACCCCAGCAGAUUACCGCUACCACCACCAACCUGACCGAAAAGUUGGACGGCACUGAAAAGCCCUCCCAUCACCGGUACGAGAUCGACGUCAUCAAUGACCACGAGAAACGCGAUGACGGAACCAUCCUCUUACACGUCCUUUGGCGAGGCUACCCUGCUACCGCUGCCACCUGGGAGGACGAGCACCAGCUUUGCCGGGAAGCACUCAGCGCCGUUCUUGACUACUGGGCCAAGUUCCCUGGCGGUAGAACUGAGGCGCUUGGUCGUGACCCUGCCGACGCUGGCGCCACCUGGGAGGUCCAGAGGAUCUUACAACACCGCAAGACGAGAGGCCGAAAGCCUAUUAUGCAACUCCGAGUACAGUGGCAAGGAUACCCACCAUCCGAAGCCACAUGGGAGCCCGAAGCUGCCAUCAAGGACGCUGUUCCUGAGAUGGUGCGAGAAUACUGGCGCUACAUCAGCGCCCGCAAAUGA